AACAAUAAUGCCCUCUUUAUAUUCUCACACAUGUGCUGCUGUCAUCUGACCAGUGCUUUGCUAAACCCCUCAGCAAUACUGUCAUUAUGAACAAGCUACUGGUUAUCACAGCUGUCAUUGCUUUCCUUGCUCUGGGAGCGGAGGGCUUCCGUGUGCCCAGGGAAGCUGAGGAGGAGAAAGGAACCAUUGCCACUGUGGUGGACACACUUAAGUCCUACUAUGACCAGAGUGUUGACACUGCCAGCGGUUAUGUUGAGACCAUCAAGGGCUACAAGCUGAACGAGAAAGCCAAGAACCUGUAUGAAGACACAGUUCGUGCUGUCAGCACCUAUGCCGGCAUCUCCUACGACCAGCUUUACCACAUGUUUUACUCUCAGGAAAGCUCUUAAAUCACAUAGUUUCACACAUUGACAGAACUCCAUCUCUUUCUGGUCUUGAGUCUAUCACCACCCUGGAACUACAACCACAUGAACCCCAGAAGAAGACGGCACUGAGGUGAAAGCAUGACUGUUGGCUCCAAUGGCCUGUUACCAAAAAUACUGCACAAGCACACAACAUCCUGACAAACAUCAGUGGAUAAAUAUCAUAUGAAGUUUUGGGGUAAAAUCAAAUAUUAUGCUCAACCACAAUCUGUUUUGGAUGAAGAUCAGAGACCCUUUGCUGCUGACUGUUACCCGGCACCCUCUAUUGUACGUCAAGGUUAAAACAGACUCAUCUACUUUUUCAUUGUAGUUUAUCUGUACAGAUUAAAUAAAUCUUUGUAUUAUAUCAACUUUUAGUGGUUCAAUGUCCAUGAGCAUUAGCAAAUUGCAAUAAAACACCACAUUUAUAUAAAA